GGUCCCUGCUGGCUUCGGGAGAGGGGCUGCUGGGUGGCACUGGGGGAGCCGGGUGGGUGCAGCAGGAGGGGGGAGAUUUUGGAUCCCAGCCUAGGGGAGAGGAAGGGAGGAAAGGAAGGCGGAGGCGAGCGACAGGGGCAUUGUCCAGAAGAGCAAGGCGAUGCUGUGGCUCGCAGCGGCGGCUGCAGUGGCUGCUCUCUUGGCCGCUCUCUCGCAGUGUGUCCAUGCGGAGACGUACACUUCCAUGCUGAGCAUCCACCAGGCGCUCAGGACCGAGAGGGAGCUCCUCCGCUUUUUGCACACCUACCUCGAAGAGGAAGCCAAGAGGCUGGAGGACCUCCGGAGAUUCUACAGGAAGAUCCAGGCCUUGCAUCAAGGAGCGGGCAGCACCGUGGUUAACCCUUUACUGGCCUACACACUUAUCAAGAGGUUGCAGUCGGACUGGCUGAACGUGGUGUACAGCACAGAAGCCAGCGAGAACGCCCAAGCACUGAAGAAUGGCUACCAGCGGCUGGAGGAGGACUUGCCCCUCUUUGAGGACCUGGAAGGAGCUGCCCGGGGGGUAAUGCGCUUGCAAGAUGUCUACUCCCUGAGCGUGAAGGGCUUGGCCAAAGGGAAGUUCCAGAGGGUUAGCAACGCUCCACUUCCAGACGUCUACAACCCCAGCCAGGAUUUCUCACUGUCCGCCGACGACUGUUUCCAUAUUGGCAAGGUCGCCUACGACAUGGAAGAUUAUUAUCACUCCAUUCUGUGGUUGGAGGAAGCCGUGAGCCUCUUCCGCGUUUCCUACGGGAGCUGGAACACAGAGGAUGAGGGGAGCCUUGAAGAUGCCCUAGACCACCUGGCUUUUUCUUAUUUCAAGGCAGGAAACAUCUCUCAUGCCUUAAGCCUUUCCCAAGAGUUUCUUCACUACGAUCCGAGCAACAAGAGGGUGGCGAGGAAUGUCCUCAAGUACGAGAAUCUGCUGCUGGUGAAUCCCAAGAGUGGCGACGAAGGGGGGUCCCUGCAGAGGCCAAACGUGACCCAGCUGGAAACCAGAGAUAUUUAUGAGAAGCUGUGCCAGACUCUUGGGUCUCAGCCAUCCCAGUAUCAGCAACAACACCUCUACUGCUCCUAUGAGACCAAUGGGAACCCCUUCCUCAUGCUCCAGCCUCUCAAGAGGGAGAUUGUCCACCGGCAGCCCCACAUUGCACUCUACCACGACUUUGUCAGCGAUGCCGAAGCAGAGAAGAUCAAAGAGCUUGCCGCUCCCCGGUUGCAGAGGUCGGUGGUCGCCUCGGGAGAAAAGCAGCAGAAAGCAGACUACCGGAUUAGCAAAAGUGCCUGGCUGAAAGACACCUUGGAUCCAGCAAUCGUGGCCUUAGAUCGACGGGUCGCGGCCCUGACCGGCCUCAACACCCAGCCCCCUUACGCAGAAUACCUACAGGUGGUAAACUAUGGAUUGGGUGGGCACUACGAACCCCAUUUUGACCACGCGACGUCGAGAAAAAGCCCCCUUUACAGGAUGAAAUCCGGAAACCGAAUUGCCACGUUGAUGGUCUAUCUGAGUUUGGUGGAAGCCGGAGGGUCCACGGCCUUCAUCUAUGCAAACCUCAGCAUUCCUGUUGUCAAGAAUGCGGCUCUCUUUUGGUGGAACCUUCGCAGGAACGGGGAAGGGGACGACGACACGCUGCAUGCUGGCUGCCCGGUCCUUGCCGGAGACAAAUGGGUGGCCAACAAGUGGUUCCAUGAACACGGACAGGAAUUUCGGAGGCCGUGUGGCACCAGCCCGGAAGACUAAAAAGUUCAAGUGCUCUCAGCUGGGUUUGGCGAAUGCCAGAGUUUCAUGGCGGGCGAAGUGUGGGGAGAGAAUCUGAACUGACUCCCUAACCUAACACAGCCUAGUCUGGGAAGACCACCUUGGAGUGAAGCACGGCCAAACCACCUCUUGGCAAAGGUUUUCUCAGGCAUCUGAGAAAUAAAGGACUUGAUGUAGGACAUAGUUAAACUAUGGAACUCCUGGCCACAGGGCGCAGUGAUUGGCCACCAACUCGGACGGCUUUAAGAGGAUGGGGCAAAUUCAUGGAGGAGAGGGCUGUCGGUGGUCUCUAGCCACAGUGGAACCACAGUUGUGGCUUCUGAAUCCCAGUUGCUGGAAGCCACAGGAGGGGGGAUAGUUGCUCUUGUAUUCGAAUCCUGCUUGCAGGUUCCCUAUGAGGAUUUGGCUGUGGCCAUCUUGGCUGUGAGUCUUGGAAGACCUGCUUCCCGCCUUGCAGGGCCUGGACUGACUCCAGCUGCAAAAGCUGAGGCUGAACAAACAGGGUACUGUUUUUUUUUGUUGCCGAUACAGUGGUGCCUUGGUUCUCAAACACCUUGGUGCUCAAACAACUUGGAACCCAAACACUGCAAACCCGGAAGUAAGUGUUCCAAGUUUGUGAACUUUUUCCAGAAGUUGAACAUGCUCCGUUUUGGGUGCCACACUUCUGUUUUGAGGUCUGCCCGUUUUUGCUAUUUAUUUUGUGUUUUUGUUUUUGCAGCUUUUUUGCUUUGUUUUUGGGCUGUAUGGAACCCAGUUGUUACUGAUGGAUUGAUUGUGUGACUGCAGUACAUUGUUUAUUGCUUUCAUUUUUAUGGAUCGAUGGUCUCGUUAGAUAGUAAAAUUCAUGUUCAAUUGCUGUUUUAGGGGUUGUUUUUAAAAGUCUGGAACGGAUUAAUCCAUUUUGGAUUACUUUCUAUCGGAAAGCGCGCCUUGGUUUUGGAACGCUUUGGUUUUGGAACGGACUUCCGGAACGGAUUAAGUUUGAGAACCAAGGUACCACUGUAUUAACUUUUUUUGUAUUUUUCUUCUUAGAUCUUGUUAUGAUUUAUGUGAAAAUAGUCCCAUUUGUUUUUGUAUUUUUUGGAUGCCUUUUAUUUAUUGUUCAUGACAACUUUAGCGAGGUUUGUGAUGGCAUAAAUCUUUUUGCCUCGCAAGCCACCUUGAGCUCUGGGAAGAUAGCGUAAAAUGAAAUCAUGACAGCGAUGAUCUGCUUGGCCACCGCGAGACUAGAUCCAGCAGCCUUUUUUAUAUUCUCAUUUUAUUUAAUUUGUGGCCUGUCGGGUGUGGGGCAGGGAGUAUAAAGCUCUGCGGAGGAGGAGAGAUGGGAGCAACCAGGCAAUCUAUAUAGGCACACAGCCCAGGCUUGCAACCCAGAGAUGUCACUCUGCUGCUGCUCGCCAGAGUGGUGCAUGCUCUGGUUAUCUCUCGCUUGGACUACUGCAAUGCGCUCUCUGUGGGGCUACCUUUGAAGGUGACUCAGAAACUGCAACUAAUCCAGAAUGUGGCAGCUAGACUGGUGACUGGGAGCGGCCGUCGAGACCAUAUAACACCAGUCCUGAAACAUUGGCUCCCAGUAUGUUUCCAAGCACAAUUCAAAGUGUUGGUGCUGACCUUGAAAGCCCUAAACAGCCUCAGCCCAGUAUACCUGCAGGAGCGUCUCAACCCCCAUCGUUCAGCCCAGACACUGAGGUCCAGCGCCGAGGGCCUUCUGGCGGUUCCCUCCCUGCAAGAAGUGAGGUUACAGGGAACCAGGCAGAGGGCCUUCUCGGUGGUGGCGCCCGCCCUGUGGAACGGCCUCCCACCAGAUGUCAAGGAAAUAAACAACUAUCCUGCUUUUAAACGACAUCUGAAGGCAGCCCUGUUUAGGGAAGUUUUUGAUGUUUAAUGCUGUAUUGCGUUUUUAAUAUUCGAUUGGGAGCCGCCCGAUAAACCGAGGUACCUCGGUUUACAAACACAAUUGGUUCCGGAAGUCUGUACUUAACCUGAAGCGUACUUAACCUGAAGCGAACUUUCCCAUUGAAAGUAAUGGAAAGUGGAUUAAUCCGUUCCAGACGGUCCGCGGAGUACUUAAACUGAAAAUACUCAAACCGAGGCGUACUUAAACCGAGGUAUGACUGUAUCAUCAUCAUCAUCAUCAUCAUCAUCAUCAUCAUCAUUAUGCUUUUGCA